AUAUUUUAGUUACAUGUCCUACUAAAAAAAAAUAAAACAUUAGAAAAUGAUGAACAAAAACAAAUUGAUGAUAAUCAACAUUCCAUUAAUGUUUCAGAAGAAUUAGAUAUUGGAAAUUUGUUUGGAUUAAAAAUAGAUGACCAUACUAAAGCUGCCUUGUUAAAACGUUCAAAUGUACCAGAUGAACAUUUCAUUUACCCAUUUUCCAUUCAUAACAAAAACAGUAAACAACUUAAGCGUUAUUUAAGGAAAAAUCACUUUGAACAAUUUACAUGGCUAGAAUAUUCAAGAUCAAAAAAUGGACUAUUUUGUAAGUACUGUAUACUUUUCCUAACAUCUGAGUAUGGCGGUCGAAGAGGUACAGAAAAAUUAAAACGACUUAUUACUGAGCCGCUAAACCAGUUUGCCAAAUUAUUAGGAAAAAAUGGGCUAUUAGAAACACAUCAAAAUAACGACUAUCAUAAAAAUUGUGUUCAAUUUUCUUUUGAUUUUCAAAAAACUUUUUCAAACCCAAAUAAAGUUGUAAUUAACAUAAUUGAUACUGAACGUAUGAAACAAAUUAAAGAAAAUAGAGAGCGCUUAGUACCAAUAAUUGAAAGUAUCAUUUUCUUAGGACGCCAAAAUAUUGCUUUAAGAGGACACAAAGAUUAUGGUAUACUUUCUUCUGAACCUCAUUCAUCAGAAACUGUUAUUAAUGAAGGCAACUUCAGAGAAAUUUUAAAGUUUAGAAUUUUAUCAGGUGACAAAACUCUUGAAAGUCAUUUAAAAAAUAAUAAUGCGAAAGCAACUUUUAUAAGUCCUACUAUUCAAAAUGAAUUAAUAGAGUGUAUCAGAAAAGAAAUUGUAUGUAAAAUCAUUAAAGAUAUUGAACAGGCUAAGUACUACAGUAUUAUAUUCGAUGAAACAACUGAUGUAUCAACAAUCUCUCAAAUGAGUUUAAGUAUCCGAUAUAUUUAUUCAGGAAAAGUGUUUGAAAGAUUUGUUACAUUUAUUGAUUGUCAUUCAUCUAUGGACAAUGAAAAUGAAGACAGCGAUGGAGUAGAUUCAAACAACCAGAUAGAACCAAAAUUGACUGGAGAAUUUCUUGGUGAUAUAGUUAUACAAAUGAUGUCCAAACUUGGCUUAAAAUUUGAUAAUUGUGUAGGUAUUGCUACUGAUGGCUGUGCAGUGAUGGUUUCUACUAUAGUUGGGGCUGUUCAGCGUAUCCAGCAGUCAACAAAAAAUGCAAUUCAUUGUCCUUGCAAUAAUCAUGCUCUGAAUCUAUCAAUUUCAAAGUCAUCAACAGUUCAAUCAAUUCGUAACUGUAUUGGUAUCAUGGAACAAGUUAUAUCCUUUUUUAACGCAUCAGCAAAACGCAAUUUCAUAUUAAAAAAAAUGCUCAAAAAACAAUUUGUAAGUAUUUGUCAGACCAGGUGGGUAGAAAGGCAUGAUAGUGUGUUGCAUUUUAAAAUGUCAUUACCUGAGAUUAUUAAUGCCCUUACAUCUAUAUCAAAAUGGGAUGAUAUAGUAUCAUCGUCUAAAGCCAAAACCCUUUUAUUUUCAAUUUCGAACUGUGAAUUUAUAAUUUCUCUCUACUCAUUAUCAUCUGUAUUAGCUGUAACGUAUCACGCAAGUAAGACACUACAAGGAAAAUACCAAGAUAUAUUAACUUCUUCUGAAGUCAUUGAAAAUAUAAUUUCAAUUCUCAAGAACAACCGUUCCGAUUGUGAUACUAACUUUCAAACUAUUUUUAAUGAAUGCAAAGACCUGAUGGAAGAACUAGAUGUUGAUAUAAAAAUACCAAGGAUUGCUGGUAAACAGAACAAUAGAUCAAAUCCACCCAAUGUAAAUAGUUGUGAAGAGUUUUACAAAAUUACUAUUUUCAUUCCAUUAUUAGACGGUAUUAUAAGUGACAUGUGUAGAAGAUUUGGGAAUCAUGAAAACCAGACACUUAAAGCUAUUACCAAAUUAGUUCCUAAGCAUUUAGUAAAAUUGACAAAAAACGAAAGGAAAGAAAUACUUAAUGAAAUAAAAAAUAAAUAUUCAUUUUUUAAGGAUACCACAGAUGUGCUGUUUGAGUCAGAAAUUGAAUUGUGGUAUACCAAAUGGAUCCAUUACAAAGGUAAUGGUCUACCAUCAAAUAUCUUAGAAGUAAUUGAUGAGUGUUCUGAUAUGAUUUACCCUAAUAUUAGUUCUUUGCUUCACAUUCUUGCUUCUUUGCCAAUUAGUGUAGCAACUGCCGAACGCAGCUUUUCCACUUUGCGCAGAUUAAAAACUUGGUUAAGAGCAAAGAUGGGUGAGAAACGACUAACUGGCUUGGCUUUAUUAAAUAUCCAUAGAGAUAUUGAAGUGGAUGUAGAAACAAUCAUAGAUCAAUUUUCAAAAGUAAAAAAUAGAUCUAUAUUACUUUGAAAAUUGUUGUAAAUAUUUUUUUUGU